ACAAUGGGAUUCAUCCGGGCGCGUCGUAUUGGACAGUUGUUAAGCUUAGUUGCAUCGCUAGUGCACGUGUUGAGCGAACCUUUAACUAGCGCGAAAGUUUGUCAGUAUAUGCAGUGUACGGAGCGUGGGACAGAUGAUUCCCUGCUGUCGUUACGAUUCAACAACACUAUGUGGAGAAUAUUUAAUCAGCAGCCUAAUAGUGCAUUCGAAUUUAACAGCUGGAACUGGGCCGAACUGGACAGUUUGGUGGAAGAGCAUCGUACGUUUGAGGUUAUAUUUAAUGGACUCGAAAUCCCCCAUGUUGAUAUCGCACAGGGCCACGAAAGCGUUACCGUCUUAAAUCUUGAUUACAACCUAAUAACUACAGUGGAGCUGGAAGCUUUCGCAAGCUUCAAAAGUUUGAUGACGCUUUCUUUACGAGGAAACAUGAUGACGACCGUACACGAUUUUGUCUACCAUCCCAAUAAAUUGCAACAUCUCGAUUUAUCGAACAACUUGAUUCACGAUAUCAAGGGCUUGAAAACGUUUACGUUGUCUCAGUUGACGCAUUUAAACCUAUCGUACAACAGCAUCGAGUCCGUCCGUACUGAACUUUCCAAGCUGGAGGCACUGGAAUCGCUCGACUUAUCCUACAACUCUAUUAAAAAGGGAGAUAAACCAAUCAUACUGCCAAAAAUGCUUCGCCGAUUGUUACUUCAUCACAACGAACUUACUGCGUGGCCUUUCGAUUCCCUGCCGGACACAUUAGAGGAUCUUUCCCUUGGUUUCAAUCAGAUCGACUCAACUAAGGAGGCACCAGACGUACGAAAGCUUGAUCUUUCUAGUAACAGAUUGGCAAGCUUUUGUAACGAUUGUUUCCCGCUGCUGGAAGAGCUGGACUUAUCGAGCAACUACUUUGAAGAAGUUCCAAAAUUUAGCAACCAAAUGGGAUCCUUAAGGAAAGUUUCCUUCAACCGGAUGCCAAAUUUGCGGUCCAUCGAUAAGAGUGCGUUUGAAGGCGUAGAGCAUCUACAUGAGCUUGAAAUUUCCUUCUGUCCGCGGCUGGUUACAAUUGAGUCGCACACAUUCACCAGUCUGAAGCAAUUGGAAAGACUCGACCUUAGCUACAAUGCGCUACAGCAGGUACCAGAAGAUAUGAUCAGCUGGAACCUAAUCGAGCACGGUGUCGAUCUACAAGGUAAUCCAAUCAACUGCAACUGCUCGAUGCAAUGGCUGGUCGAUAAAGUGAUUCCGGUGAUGCAUUCCCACCGAGAGCUGCAUAAACUAUUCCCCGAGCUACGCUGCGCACAACCGCCGAUGUACAAAGACUAUCUGGUCGUCCAUCUAACCGUACACGAUAAUUUGCUGUGUCGAAAGUAUCGCGAAAUGGAUCUACCUGGUAUGGAAUUAGUCGUUCAAUCGAUGCGGGAUCAUCGUCAGAUGCAGGUUGUGCGGGCACAAAAAAUGAUACUGGUCUGCUUAAUAGUGGGCAUUAUCCUAAUGAGUCUGUACUUAGCUUAUCUGAAGCUUGAACAGCCCCGGCACAGAGUGAGACCGCUGUACUUUGGAUGA